GCAGCCGGAGAAAACCUGUUUGUUCUCCUGCGGGCGGAGCCCAGUCCGCGCCUCCUCGCCUCCCUGCGUGCUCCCCGCUGUGCACCGCGCCCCGCGCCUGCCUCCCUGGCCCGGCCCGGCCGGGCGCUGUCCACCCGAGGGAGCCCGCGCCCUGCGACUGCCCGACCCUCCACCCGCCCCACGAGCCGGGCACCUGUGCCAGAAGCACUGCCGAAUCGACUGAGAAGAGACGUGCGCAGCAAUCACUAUGAGUAUCUCAGCUCUUGGAGGCAGCACCAAAGGUGAGGAGGAGCGCAAUAACGUUCUCAAGCAGAUGAAAGUGCGAACCACGCUGAAGGCGGACAAGAGCUGGAUUACCAAGCAGGAUGAAUCGGAGGGUCACACCAUAGAGCUGCCCUCAGGCCGGAGUCGCACCACAUCCUUUUCAUCAGCUGGGGAGGUUCCGAAGCCCAGGCCUCCGAGCACGAGGGCUCCCACUGGCUACAUCAUCCGGGGAGUGUUCACCAAGCCCAUAGACAGCUCUUCCCAGCCCCAGCAGCAGUUCCCCAAGGCCAAUGGGACUCCAAAAAGUGCUGCCAGUCUGGUGAGAACAGCUAACACUGGUCCUCCCCGCCCCUCCUCUUCUGGCUACAAGAUGACCACUGAGGAUUACAAGAAGCUGGCACCCUACAAUGUCAGGCGCAGCUCUACAUCAGGGGACACCGAAGAGGAGGAGGAGGUGGUGCCUUUCUCCUCAGAUGAACAGAAACGGAGGUCAGAGGCUGCAAGCAGUGUUCUGAGGAGGACAGCUCCCCGAGAGCACUCCUACGUCCUGUCAGCGGCCAAGAAGAGCACUGGUCCUACCCAGGAGACACAGGCAGCGUUUAUCGCGAAGAGGGUGGAGGUGGUGGAAGAGGACGGGCCUUCUGAGAAGAGCCAGGACCCACCUGCUCUGGCAAGAUCCACUCCUGGCUCAAACAGUGCGGAUGGAGGCAGGACCAAAGCGUCUCGGGCAAUUUGGAUCGAGUGCCUGCCGAGUAUGCCUAGCCCCGCUGGGAGCCAGGAGCUCAGCUCAAGAGGUGAGGAAAUUGUCCGCCUGCAGAUCCUGACACCCAGGGCAGGACUCCGCCUGGUGGCCCCAGACCUGGAAGGCAUGAGGUCUUCCCCAGGCAACAAAGAGAAGGAGGCCCCCUGCUCCAGAGAGCUCCAGAGGGACUUGGCUGGUGAGGAGGCUUUCAGGGGCCCCAACACAGAUGCUGCAAGGUCAAGCGCACAGUUGAGUGAUGGCAAUGUGGGAUCCGGAACCACGGGCUCCCGGCCUGAAGGCUUGGCUGCAGUAGACAUCGGCUCCGAGAGAGGAAGGCUGUGUGCAGCUGCUAGCUUUGCCUCUUUCCUGGAAGACCAGGAUGGGCACAGUGCCAACUCUCAGUCCUGCAAGCCUAGACCAGCAGCCAUCAGCUCCAGUCCCACUUCAGUCUCUGCUGUCCCUGCUGAUAGGAAGAGCGACAGCACAGCAGCCCAGGAGGAUGCAAAGGCAGACCCAAAGGGGGCCUUGGCUGAUUAUGAGGGGAAGAAUGUGGCCACCAAGGUCGGAGAGGCCUGGCAGGAGAGGCCUGGAGCCCCAAGAGGUGGCCAAGGAGACCCAGCUGUACCCACUCAGCAACCUGCAGAUCCCAGCACCCCAGAGCAGCGGAGCAGCCCCAGCGGAUCUGAGCAACUUGUCGGACGAGAGAGUUGUGGCAGCAGGAGAGUGCCACAGCCAGACUUGAGUCCAAAGAAGAUCCCUCCAUUGCCCUGUGGAGGACCAGGCCAGGGCAGUAUACGACGGGACAAGGCAAGAGGCCAUAUUGGAGACUGUUUGCUUACACCAGGGGCAAGCGUGUUGGCUGAUUUUGAGGGGAAGGAUGUGGCCACCAAGGUCGGAGAUGCCUGGCAGGACAGGUCUGGAGCCCCAAGAGGUGGCCAAGGAGACCCAGCUGUACCCACUCAGCAACCUGCAGAUCCCAGCACCCCAGAACAGCAGAACAGCCCCAGCGGAUCUGAGCAAUUCGUCAGACGAGAGAGCUGCACCAGCAGGGUGAGGAGCCCCUCGAGCUGCAUGGUCACUGUCACUGUCACUGCCACUUCUGAGCAGCCUCACAUUUAUAUUCCAGCCCCCGCAAGUGAAUUGGACUCCAGCUCUACCACCAAAGGGAUUCUCUUCGUGAAGGAGUACGUGAAUGCUAGUGAAGUGUCUUCUGGGAAGCCAGUAUCUGCACGCUAUAGCAACGUCAGCAGCAUUGAGGACUCAUUCGCCAUGGAGAAGAAGCCUCCAUGUGGCAGCACUCCAUACUCUGAGAGGACAACUGGAGGGAUCUGUACUUACUGCAACCAUGAGAUCCGAGACUGUCCAAAGAUUACCCUAGAACAUCUUGGUAUCUGCUGCCAUGAAUAUUGCUUUAAGUGUGGGAUUUGCAGUAAACCGAUGGGCGAUCUCCUGGAUCAGAUCUUCAUUCACCGUGACACCAUUCACUGUGGGAAAUGCUAUGAGAAGCUCUUCUAGGUGGGUGCUGGCACUGCAAAGGACAAGUGGCCAAGAGACUCAUUAAGGAGUAGAGAUGCGCCCUGGUCUCUCCUGGAGUCUCAGCCCCAGACACAGCUAUCUUUCUUGGCUCUUCCUUAUGUUCAGGGGGCCUUAUGUUCUCAUGUCCCUAUGCCUUGUGAUACUUUGAGAUCUUAGGUGGCAUGGACAAAGGCCCUCUAUGAGGACACUUCCAAAUCACACCUUCCAUCCAGCACCUGAGCCGAGCCCUCUAGCUACCCUGGGAUACUCACUGGGCCGCUAUUGUUAGCCUCGUUUUGCAACAAGGAAAUAAAGAUAUAGAAAGGGAGGAGGCCUGGAGAAACCCAGGUAGAAUCAGGACCUCACCCCACGUCUUUGGAUUCUUGUCCAGGGCUCUCUGUUCACUGUCACUCGCAUAGCUUCAGAUCAGGACUGCAUAGCCAUGGUGCUCAGUGAAACAAGCCUCUGGGCCACAUUAUGACAACUGCCUGAAGAUGUGUGUUUGCAUGCUCAUAGCCAGUGGAAUUUAUCACGGUGUCUGAGCACAGAGCAGAAUAUAUCCCUUGAAGGCAAUAGCAACCAGGCUUUCCACUAGCUCCAUGCUGAUGGUCUUCUCUCCAGAAGACACCUUGAGCUAGGCGGUAACUCCUGAUGACUGGAGCAGUCACCCACCCUGAGGGCCUCUAGCUGAUGUGUUUCCAGUCUCAUGGCUACUUCUGUUUUCUUUUAGCGCUCCCCCCCCCGCCAGGCUGAUCAGAAGCUGAUGACUCGUGGACAAAUUUGGCUGUCCCCAGUUUUGCCCCAAGUUGCUGUCUCCCCUUCCCUCAACUCCUCCCUUCCUGUUUGAUUUCUUCAUGCUUUUGCCCUUCUCAAGUUGAAGUUUCAUACAUCCAAUAUCGUAUCUUAAUGAUGCUAUGAUAAUUGCUUGUGUGUGUAGCUUCUUAUAGCUUAGAAAGCGCUUUACGUCCAUGAUCUCAUUUCAGGCUCAACCAAAGAGGAUCAAACAAGAAUUCCAUCUUGGCUUCCCUAAGACAGAUUGGCUUUCUAAUGAGUUUAAGUGGGCAGAAGUGUAGGGUUCAGUGUGUCCUGACUCCCUUGAGGCUUAUGAUGGGCCAAGUUGAAGACUUGAUGAUCCCUGGUGGGUAAAUUGCAGACAUCGAAUGCUAGGGAUUGGCAUAGGCUAGUGUUUAGCUUGUCUAUUUGCCAUAUCUAUUUUUUUUAAUUUCCAUACACUUGUAAAAGUAGUUAGUUGCUUUUGAUUGAGUUAUAUAGCAGUUUUUCAUUUUGUCUUCCACUCACCUUUCACUAUAUUUGAGUGUUCCCUUACAGAUAUGUUGGCAUGUGUUGGAAAAUUUACACAAUUAGGUUUAAAUUCAGUAGGAUGUGAUUUUAGGAUGCUACUGAUCGAAGUGAUAUCUGUGUCUGUUGGAAUCUUGAUAGCUGAUUAAUUUGCCCUCAAUGCUGCUCCCUGAACUUUACACAUAAAUCUUCCCAAGUGGGUUUUAGGGUGUAUAGAUCCCAGCAGGAUUAAGGAGGUGGAAAAGCAGCUAACAUUUCUUGAGGCUCUACCACAUAGCAGGCACUGUCGCAAAGUAAUGGCAUUAAUCCCCGUAAUGCGUGAAGGUGAUAUUCUCAUCCCAUCUUAGACAUGAGGAUAUUGGAACUCAGAGAGGUGGCUGUUGCAUUGCGCAGAACUCUACAGAGCCCAUGCUCUUCCCAGAGCAGCACCCACAAAAGCAAGCAUUGAUUUUGUGCUCAGUGUGUGCCAAGCACUGUGCAGAGGGUACAUAGUUCCUGCCAGGUUAACACCCUCCCUUCAGGCCUCCCAAAGGCAUAGGCUUGCAAAGAGCAGAAGGUGUGAAAUCACACUCUUCCUCUGGGCAUCCUGGAUCCCUGAAUUAUCCCCACCCCCCAUGAAGUACUUCAAGGGCCAAGCUGCCCCUUUCCCUCCCCUCCGCCCAUGAAAAUGCCUCCAAACUGAGAUGCUUUCAGCUGAGAACAGAUUUGACUCACAGACAUUACCAAAGAGGAGCUUGUGAAUCCAGGAAAAGCUCCAGGGGGCUAGCGGAUCUGAGCAGAGAGCUUUCAGUGAUCCAUUUUCCUAUCUAGACUCUGCCUCAAGCUAGUGGCAACUGCUGGGGCCCCAGGUACUUGGGACAUGGAAACUCGUUGGAUGGCUGAGCAGGUGUAAGCCUGUCCAUGCAGUCAGCUGACCCUCUGCUCAGGUUCAUCUGGACUCUGCCAUCUGUGGGCCCAGCAUCACUCUGUAAGUUCCUUGAAAGGAAGAACAACCUUAGAGUAUUUCUGAUACAAAAUGAGGGCCUCUUCUCUUGAUUUAAUUAUAAAAUGUCUACGUCUUUCUCCAGUUUCUCCACCCUAUGCACAUUGGCUUGUGGACUUGUUCUUCCUGCCAAAUGAUCAGAGAGGAACAUUCCAUUUAUUUGUAUUGGAUUUCCUCUGGAGGGUAUGUACCCACACUAAAUACCAACUGCUCUUCCUCAGCUGUAGUCCCCAACAUCAGACUUGGCACAUGGUGGACACUAACACACAGGUACUCAAUGAAUGAGUGAAGGAAAUAAAAGUCACCCCAUUGGUGACUCAGUGCAGGCCCAGUGGAUGAAAGGCAAGGUAAAGAGGCCCAAGAUAGGCUGGCUUCCCCUGUUCAAGGUAUAGUCUGCCUUUAAGGGAGUUUUAGAACCAACAUGCAAGACAUUGAAAGAAAUCUUGCAAGAGCCAUUAUUGACUUAGAUCCAAAACGGCCUCUCUCAUGUCUAAAAAGGCACAGAAUUUUGCAGAUCUGAGGAAGAGGGAUGCAUUACCUUUUUGCUUCUUUUUAAUUGCUUAGUGUUUCUAAUCAUACUUAAUCCACAUUAAUGUGCACAAUUAUAAUAAAUGGUAAGAUAUUA